UUUGAUAAGUAUCUGUUAUGCUAGAUGCACAUCAUACAUACUCUAGCAUCGAAAAUGCUCUAAGUUAAAGUAAACAAUGUGAAUUUGACUCCCAAAAGUUACAAGAAAACGAUUUAAAUACCAUGUAAUAUACUCCGUAAAUAAUAAGUUGCGGGUAACCCUUCCGCUCAUCAUAGCCUGAAGUUUUCAACGAGGUAAAAAUGGCGGAUUCCAUGAAAAUGACAAAUUACCCGCUGCCUUAUUCCAAACUGUCAUUUUAUGUUAUUAUUAUAUACUUCUUCCAUCUAGUAAAUUCACAAAGUCCAGUUACGGAUCGUGAUAUAUUAUUGGAAGUGAAACGGGAAUGGGGCAGCCCAUCAUCUCUUCAAGGGUGGAACACUACCGCUCCAGAGUGCCGGUGGCCGGAGAUUACGUGCUCAGACGACGGAGCGGUCACCGGCGUAUCCGUUAAGGACUAUAACAUCGUCUCAAACAUCCCGGCGAAAAUAUGCGAUCUCAAAAACCUCACCUCCCUCGACGUUUCUUACAACUAUAUCCCCAACGGCUUCCCAAUGACCAUCAUAUACAACUGUUCGAAGCUGGAGUACCUGGACCUCUCUCAGAACUACUUCGUGGGCCCCAUUCCUCCCGAAAUCGGCCGGCUCCGGCACCUCCGGCACCUGGACCUCAGCGCCAACAACUUCAGUGGUGAUAUCCCGCGCGCCGUCGGGGACUUGACGGAGCUCCGGCAGCUGAGGCUGGAGAACAAUUUAUUCAAUGGUACUUUCCCCGUCGAAAUCUCCAAUUUGUCAAGUCUCGAAACCCUGACCAUGGCCUACAACAACUUUACACCGGCGGCGAUCCCCCCGGAGUUCGGGAACCUUAAGAGACUCAGUUUCAUGUGGCUAUCGUCAACAAAUCUAGUCGGAGAAAUUCCAAAAAGCUUCGAGAAUUUGUCGAGCCUGGAGCAACUGGAUUUGGCUGAUAAUGAUUUAGAAGGUGAAGUUCCGCAAGGAUUGUUGUCGCUCAAAAAUAUCAGCAAGGUUUACCUGUACUCAAACAUGCUCUCAGGUUCAAUUCCUUCCCAAUUCGCGAAGCCGUCAAGGCUGGUUGAGGUGGAUUUGUCCAUGAACAAAUUAACCGGAAAAAUCCCCGGCGAUUUUGGAGAGUUGGAGGGGCUCGAGGGUUUAUAUCUCUACAUGAAUCAGCUGUCUGGUGAAAUUCCCCCAAAGAUCGGCCAGAUACGCACUCUGAAAAUUUUUAGGGUUUUCACGAACAAUUUGAGUGGAAUUUUGCCCCCUGAAAUGGGGCUGCAUUCCCAACUGCAAUACUUUGAAGUUUGCGGGAACAGGUUCACCGGGAAGUUACCGGAGAACCUAUGUGCCGGCAAGACCUUGUUAGGCGUAGUAGCAUUUCAAAACAAUCUGACCGGAGAAAUCCCUCGGACGCUUGAGAGUUGUGACACUUUGAAGACUAUUCAGCUUUAUGACAAUUCGUUUUCAGGGGAAGUUCCGCCAUGGGUUUGGACAUUGAAGAGCAUGAUCAGCGUGAUGUUGACCAACAACUCAUUCUCCGGGAAGCUUCCGAGUGAGGUAGCUGUGAAUUUCACACGGUUAGAGAUCAGCAACAACCGGUUUUCCGGGGAAAUCCCGACCGGUGGAAUAUCAUCAAUGAAGAGUAUUGUUGUGUUUCGUGCGAGUGACAAUCUAAUCUCGGGUCAGGUCCCGGAGGAAAUCACUGGCCUUUCUAGGCUCACUGAGUUAAAACUGGAUGGGAAUUCACUUUCCGGUGAACUUCCGAAGAAGAUCCGUUCAUGGAGAUCGUUGACUACCUUGAACCUUGCUAGAAACAAUCUUUCUGGCAAUAUUCCAUUAGCCAUUAUCUCUUUGCCCAAUCUUGUGGUUCUGGACUUGUCACAAAAUCAAAUCUCAGGUUCAAUCCCACCCGAAUUUGGUCUUUUGAAGCUCACUAACUUUAACCUUUCUUCGAAUAAACUUUCCGGUAAAAUCCCGAAUCCGUAUAAUAAUAUGGCCUUCAGAAACAGUUUCUUGAACAACCCGAAUCUGUGCGCCUACAACUCGGAGUUGCCUCACUGCAAUGCCGUCCAAACCCACCAUUCUAAGAGCUUGCGACCGUGGAUUCUUGCAGUGAUUUUAGUCAUCGCAUUUGUUGUUAUCCUAGUCAUUGUAGGACUCAUCAUGCUAAGGAUUAGAGGCUACAAGAGGAGGAAGAACAACAAUUCCGAUAUUUCAGAAAUAGCGCUCUUUACAUGAAGUUAUUUUACAUCAUGUAUUUAGUUUUCUUCUUUCCCCGGCCCGCACUUGUUGAUUUUCAUGCUUUUGAUGAAAAUGGUUAUUCUAUGAUGGUCUUUUCGUAAUAUUUUAAAGGCGUUAUUACGUGUUUUGCUAUUUAAUGAUAGUCUAUCACUCUAUCCUCUUUGAUUAAAUAUUUAAAUAGAGAAAACUCUCAAAUAG